AUGUUCUAUGACAAAGAUUGUACUGUACAAGUGCCAGUCACCUUUGACUCACUUAUAGAUACAAGCAAGUCCUCAGUGUAUGUCCGCGCCACCAACAUAGCCCCUUCUGCCCCCAUAGUAUCACAAGUUGGCCAAACUCUUGACUAUCAAUUUGAUCAACUGUUUGCUAAAGAUGAGCCUGGUUCCAACACAAUAUUCAAUCCCCCUCUUGGAUGGUCCAAGGUAUUUCUCCCUGAUCUCAAGGUUGAAACAUCUAUCUUCAUCAGAGACAGCUACAUCAAAAUGAAGAAUCUGAUUCUCUCAUCGCCAGACUUCACUAUCCUCAUCACUGGCAAUCCUGGCAUUGGCAAAAGCUUCAUGCUCAUCUACUUGUUGUUCAUCUUGGCCAAAUCAACGACGCGUACACUGGUGCUCCACUCCUCACACAUCAACGGAGUGUUACUCUUUACGUACAACCCAGCUACUAAAAAGCGUGAUGUCACCAAGUAUGCAGAAGCAAUUCAAAUAGAAUCGAUUCUCAUGGAUCCAGCAACAAUCUAUCUCAUCGAUUCUGUUCAUUAUGACCAACAGAUCAAGUGCAAAUCCAGUGGAUUGAUGGUAUCAUCACCAAACCCAGAGAAAUAUAAGGAGUAUCUAAAGAGAGAUCUCAACAAGCAGAAGUAUUGGAUGAACCCAUGGUCAAUAGAUGAGGUCAAUAUUGUCAAGAUCCUCUUUGACCAAUCCCAACACAAUGCAAUCGACACCAACUUUCUGCGUUGGGGAGGAAUACCACGAUAUGUUUUCUCCAAGUCCACUGAUACCAAGGAGCUUGAUGAUGCCAUUUGUCAAGUCAAAGGAGAUGACUAUGUUCACACCAAAAUCAAGUUUGGUUCUAAGUACAUCAAAGAUAGUGUUGCGACAGGAUUGAUCAAGACCAACAGAAGCGCAAUCAUCAACUUCAUUAGACAAGCUUCCUCGAUACAAUCCAGUCUUGGAGGUGCCUUUUUCGAGAUACUCUCACACUUGGAACUUGUCAAUCCUGACAAAUCGUUCACAAAUCGUCCUCUCUGUACAUUCCCAGUUACAUUGGAGCUUUUGGACAAUGCCGACAACACAGUGGUGGCAACUACAGAGACUGAUACUAUUGGAAUGUUCACUUUCAAAGAUCUCAAGCAAGCAGGGCCAUUCAAGAUCAGAUAUCCAUCACGCAACAUCACUUUCUUUGGCACCCAUUAUGCUACCAAGCCCAAGGAGACAAGUCGCUACUAUCUUUUUUCGAUGGGUUUUCAUCAACUCAAAUGUGAUCCAAUCAAGUUUAUCACCGUGGAGGAGAGAGACUUUGACAAAGUGGAAAUGAUAACCCCCGACACCUAUUCAAAGCCUUCAAUUGACAACUUCCCCUGUGUUGACUCAAUCAUCAAGAGGACAGCACCCGCUCGUUCAAUUUUCUUCCAGAUGACACUCUCCAAGGAUCACCCAACCAAUCUGGCCACCUUCUCUGACUUGGUCAAGGGCUUCACACCGGUAGAUCUUUACUUUGUGGUUCCAUCCUCCAAAUAUCACAUCUUCAAGUACCAAGACACCUACCAUCACAAGGACGUCAAUCAAUAUAUCUUGGAAAUGUCGCUUGAAGAUAUGGGCUUUUCACCAGACCCCCAUCAUAAGAAGGCAAAGUCUAACAAGGACGGAUAA